AUGAGACUAGAGAGGUUACCGGAUGUAGAAUCUGAUUUUGGCGAUAGAGAUUCACAGGACACCGCAAGUCUAACUGAGUUCCAAGUCGGUCAACAGUUUCAGAAUAAAGAGGAAGUCGUCUUAUGUGUGAAGACUUAUAGCAUCUACCAUAGGGUUGAGUACAAAGUGAUGGAAUCGGACCAUGAUACGUACUACGACAAGUGUAAGGAGUUUGGAAAUAGUUGCAGACGUGAUCACAGGAAGCUUGACUAUCAUGUGAUAUUUGCUUUCAUCCUUCCUAUGAUCAAAGCUGAUGCGGCUGUGUCAAUCAAGGUUCUGCAGAAUGCGACGGAGGCACAUUUUGGGUUCAGACUUACGUACAGAAGGGUGUGGUUGGCUAAGCAAAAGGCCGUUGUGCAAAAAUAUGGGAAUUGGGAGGAGGCCUACAAUGAGUUGCCAAGAUGGGUGCUCAGUGUGAAAAUAAUGAUGCCAGGCAGUAUUGAAGUUCUGAAGACGAGUCCUAUGCAAGUUGGAGACCAGGACCCAUUUGUACGGAAAAUAUGGAAAACUUUGCUGGUUGCGAUAGCUCACGAUGGAAAUUCUAAUACCGUUCAUAUUGCUUUUUUCCUAGUGGGGGGUGAAAAUGCGGAGUCAUGGUCUUUUUUCUUGUCUCACUUACUGCAACACAUGACUCCUCAGCAGAGCAUUCUCGUGAUCUCUGAUAGGAACAAUGGGAUCAAGGCCGCAUUGGAGGUACUUGAUGGUGGAUGGGUUCCACCUGCUGCUUAUCGUGCAUUCCGUAUUAAGCACGUUGCAGCGAAUUUCACGUUGAGUUUCAAGGGAAAGGAUGCCAUGAGGCUUUUAGUCAACGCUGCUUAUGCGAAGAUUGAGGUCGAUUUUGAUUAUUGGUUUGACAUCCUCCGAACUGAAGACCUAACAAUGUGUGACUGGGCCAACAUGAUGGAGUAUGACAAGUGGACUUAG